CCUUGCGGCUCGCCGGAGGCGGGGAGGCCUCGCCAUGCUGCGCGUGCUGGGCGGCCUGGGUGCGCGGCCUGCGGGCCGGCUCCCGGCCCCGCUUCUGGUCCCCGCGCGCGGCCGCAAGACCCGCCACGACCCGCCGGCUAAGUCCAAAGUCGGGCGCGUGGCGACUCCGCCAGCGGUGGAUCCUACGGAGUUCUUUGUGCUGACCGAGCGUUACCGCCAGUAUCGCCAGACGGUGCGCGCGCUCAGGCUGGAGUUCAUGUCCGAGGUGCGCAAGAAGCUGCAUGAGGCCCGGGCCGGGGUCCAGGCAGAGCGCAAGGCGCAGGAGGACGCUGCUGAGCAUCGCGAGCUGAUGGCCUGGAACCAGGCGGAGAACCAGCGGUUGUACGAGCUGCGGCUGGCCAGGCUGCGGCAGGAGGCCCUCGAGCAGGAGCGGCGGCAGGCCGAGGAGGCCGUCCUGCACGCCCGAGAGGCGCAGGCCUGGGCGCAGCUCAAGGAGCAGGAAGUGCUGCAACUGCAGGAGGAGGCAAAAACCUUCAUCACUCGAGAGAACCUGGAGGCACGGGUGGAAGAAGCGUUGGACUCCCCAAAGAGCUACAACUGGGCCAUCACCAGAGAGGGGCUGGUUGUCAGGCCCCAGCAAAAGGGCUCAUAAGGACCCAGUAAGGACAGUGCCCACCCAGGAACCAUUGUGUGUUGAGGGGCGGAGGGAUUGGAGUGUCGUACCUGAUCUGGAAUAAAGCAGUUGGUGUUUCUUAUGAA